AUGAGUCAACCAUCAGUGAUACUCGCCACUGCCAGCUAUGACCACACCAUUCGAUUUUGGGAAGCCAAGAGUGGUCGAUGUUAUCGCACUAUCCAAUAUCCUGAUUCGCAAGUAAACCGGCUGGAGAUAACCCCGGAUAAACGCUUCUUAGCUGCCGCUGGUAAUCCUCACAUACGGUUGUUUGAUGUUAACUCAAAUAGCCCUCAGCCGGUAAUGAGCUAUGAUUCACAUACCAAUAAUGUAAUGGCAGUUGGGUUUCAAUGUGAUGGGAACUGGAUGUAUUCUGGUUCAGAGGACGGCACAGUUAAGAUCUGGGAUUUGAGGGCACCAGGUUGUCAAAGGGAAUACGAAAGUCGUGCAGCAGUUAACAGUGUUGUGUUGCACCCAAAUCAGACUGAACUAAUAUCUGGUGAUCAAAAUGGCAAUAUACGUGUGUGGGAUUUGACAGCAAACUCGUGCAGCUGCGAAUUGGUGCCAGAGGUGGAUACGGCUGUACGCUCUCUUACAGUGAUGUGGGAUGGUAGCUUGGUAGUAGCAGCAAAUAAUAAUGGGACAUGUUAUGUGUGGCGUCUGUUGCGUGGAACUCAGACAAUGACAAACUUUGAGCCACUUCAUAAGCUGCAAGCACACAAUGGCUACAUCCUCAAAUGUCUUUUAUCACCUGAGUUUUGCGAUCCCCACAGGUACUUGGCAACUGCAUCUUCUGAUAAUACUGUCAAGAUAUGGAAUGUUGAUGGUUUUACAUUAGAGAAAACUUUGAUAGGUCAUACACGUUGGGUGUGGGACUGUGUCUUCUCAGUGGAUGGUGCCUAUCUUAUUACAGCUUCCUCUGAUUCAACUGCUAGGCUUUGGUCUAUGUCAACUGGUGAAGAUAUUAAAGUUUAUGGAGGGCAUCAUAAAGCUACAAUUUGCUGUGCUUUACAUGAUGGAGCUGAACCUGCAACUUGUUGA